GAAAAGAGGGAAAAGGAAACUCUCCCCCCUUCUCCGUCCGAAAGGAUCUUCUGUGGCAAGAAUAAGAGAAGCCACCCGGCUUCGCCGUCUACCGCCAAAACCCAGUUUCUCCGCCGGAGAAGAGGGGAUUGAAACCCCAGAACGGCCUUGCAAUCCCGAUCCGCUUCGAAUCGUUGGAAUCCAUCGAUUCUGGGCAAGAUCUGGUCCAUUUCACGGCGGGAAUCGCGGUUCCGUUUGGCCGGGAUUUAAGGACGCCGGAGAGGAAAUGGUGGCUUUCUGAGACGACUUUGAUUCAUGUUUUUUUUUGUUGAAAAACUUGAGGUGUAGGGAUGCUAAUCUCGAGGAGGACUUGGGGCACUGAUCACAUAUGUUUCGGCGUAUGCGAUCCCUCGUCGGCCUGAAUCCGAAGAGCCCCCCGCCGAAGAGACUGCUUAAUGCAAGGCCUCCGACGUGGCAGCGGAGGGCUGUACGAUUCAAGCCUCCAGAUAUGUUGGACACCGUCCAUGAGAUCGCUAUUUAUAUCCAUCGCUUCCACAAUCUUGAUCUCUUUCAACAAGGGUGGUAUCAGAUAAAGAUAAGCGUAAGAUGGGAGGAUAACCAGAUAUCAUGUGGUACUCCGGCUAGAGUUAUUCAGUAUGAAGCUCCUGAUGUAGCCCCAGAUGAUAUCUUUGGUGUUUGGAGAAUAGAUGAUGCUGAUCACAGUUUCUCUACACAACCCUUCCGAAUCAAAUAUGCUAGACAGGAUGUUCUUCUGUCUGUUAUGGUCUCUUUUAAUUUAACUAUAGGCAAAGAUGAGAGCCCAUUGACAUCUGCCGUAAUACUAAAGUUUGAGCUCAUGUAUGCUCCAAUAUUAGAAAAUGGCCCUGAGAUGCAGGCUUCUUUUGAUGCUGUUUCAGCUGCAUUCCAUGAAUUCAGGAUUCCUCCUAAAGCACUUCUGGGUUUGCAUUCAUAUUGUCCCAUUCAUUUUGAUGCUUUCCAUGCAGUGCUUGUCGACCUCAGCAUACAUGUUGUUUUUCUGAAAGCAGCAACUUACACCCGUGCACAGAAGGUAUCCAGUACAUCUCAUGUGGUGGGAAAUCAUGCUGAAGAACAUCAUGAAGAGCCCAAUCAAAUAUUGGGUCAAACGUGGACCUUGAAAGCAGUUAAACUUAUUAAGCUAUUGUUAGCUUCCCGUGAAUUAAUUCUCGGAGAACUCCAAAAGAUCAGCAAAGCUAUUGGUGAAACAAUUGAUGAUUUAAAUAAUGCUGACUUGAAUCUUGGUAGACUUGAGUCAAUUAGUUCUUCAAGAACAGAUUCUUCUACAGCCAGUUUGGACAUUUCUGGAAUGAAUAUGGGUGUGGAGCAAUUGGUUGGCAUUUUGCACAAUAUUUUGGAGAAAUCAAAUGGUGUGAUUGAGUUUGGAAAUGAUGUCAUGCUCUACACACUAUCCAAGGAAGAGCUGUUGGAUGUAUUUUUCACUGUGGGCAACCAACUUUCAUUUAUAUGGAAUGCAUUUUUGAAGUUUCAUAGGAUAAAUAGGAUUAGGAUAAUCGAGCAUCUAUAUGAUGCUUGGGCUUCUGAUCGAAAAGCAGAAUGGUCUAUAUGGAUGAUUCAUUCGAAGAUUGAAAUUCCUCACCGUUAUUUGAGAAGUGGAGUGGAUGAUUCUUCUCACCAUAAUGGACUUGGAAAAGUUGGAACUCCACGAAAAUCCAGUGAGGAUCCUGCACAGAGUUCGAUUAUGAGAGCUGAACUGCAUAGAAAAAGUAUUGGACAAAUGAAGAUUAACAAUCAGUCUGUUCAAGACAUGCAAAUCUUUGGUGAUCCUUCUCAUGUUCCUGUCAUUCUUGUAGAGCAACAUAUCAUGAAUGUUCCACUGCAUGAUUCUGGUGACAAUUCGCUGUUGCACUCUCUAAAUCAUAAUGUGAUGGCUGCAAUAUCUACACAGACUGGAGAAAGGACAGCACCAAAACUUGGAUUUGGUGCCAAAAAAAAUGGUCGCAUACUGAAAGUAGUUGUCUUUGUGCAUGGAUUCCAGGGACACCAUCUGGAUUUACGGCUUGUUCGGAAUCAAUGGCUUUUAAUAGAUCCUGGAGUUGAGUGUCUCAUGUCGGAGACAAAUGAAGAAAAGACAUCUGGAGAUUUCAGAGAAAUGGGAAGCCGGUUGGCUGAAGAAGUGAUUGCAUUUAUUAGAAGGAAAAUGGAUAAGCUUUCAAAGUAUGGAGGCUGCAAUGACAUUAAGCUGAGCUUCGUUGGCCAUUCCAUUGGGAACAUAAUUAUAAGAACCGCCUUAGCAGAGAGCAUGAUGGCGCCUUUUCUAAAACACCUGCAUACCUACAUGUCAAUAUCUGGACCCCACUUGGGAUAUUGGUACAGCUCAAACUCUUUGUUCAAUUCUGGGUUGUGGCUACUGAAGAAACUCAAAGGAGCUCAGUGCAUUCAUCAGCUUACUUUCAGUGACCACCCAGAUCUCCAAAAUACGUUUUUUUAUGGGCUCUGCAAGCAGAAGACAUUGGCGAACUUUAAGAACAUCAUCCUAUUAUCUUCCCCACAGGAUGGUUAUGUUCCUUAUCAUUCAGCCAGAAUUGAGCUAUGCCAAGCAUCAUCUUCGGAUCACUCGAAGAAGGCAGGAGUCUUCAUGGAAAUGCUGAACAACUGCUUGGAUCAGAUUCGUGCUCCCUCAUCUCAAAGGCGUGUUUUUAUGCGCUGCGAUGUGAACUUUGACCAAUCCACUCAGGGAAGAAACCUGAAUACAAUCAUUGGCCGAGCAGCACACAUCGAGUUUCUAGAGACCGACAUAUUUGCUAAAUUCAUAAUGUGGUCCUAUCCAGAACUCUUCCUUUGACCAUUACCCAAAGUUUUGACUGGUCGAAUGAUCGCUCUUUUGGCUGCAGCACCAUUCCAUAUCAACAUUAGGAGUAAUCCAUUAGCUGCUAAGAAUGAGAAGUAACAAAUUCCUUAGCUAUUUACCAGAGGGAACUGGGCGUAGCCUGAUGCUGGAAUUAGAGUAUUCUUGGUAUAGGUUGUAAAUUAUGCAGUUGAUAAACCUUCGGACACGGAGAUCGGUAAUCAUUUAUUAGCUUUAAGAAAUGUAAUUAUGUAUUUGUAAAGCUGCUGUUUAGGACAAAAAUCUUUCAAUGAGUAUGUUCACAUCAAAGGUUAGGGCACUUGAAGUCUAGGAGGUCACGUAUGCUGCUUGGAGCGAUGAACUGAUGCUAGAAUAAGCAUCUCAUAUUUUUCCUGAUACCCUUUGUUUCAUCUGUAUUACAUGUAUUGCAUCGUAAUGCUGGAAGGAGAAUGUCCUUCUAUACCUCUUAUUAUCCAUUACUCUUCGCUUUUGUGCU